AUGAUUUCAAAUCCGGGUAUCGCGAAUGGAUCAGUUGCAUCCGACAGUAGAAGGAAUCUAAAACUACCUCAAGCUGAAUUACCUUCUUUUAGCGGCAAAGUGGAAGACUGGUUAUCAUUUAGAGAUUCUUUUACCACAAUGAUUAUUAACCGUGAUGACGUAAGUAAUGUAGAAAAACUGCAAUAUUUGAAAUCCGCGCUUAAAGAUCAGGCAUUACGUAAAAUUCAAGUUUUGGCUAUUACGAACGAAAAUUUCGAUCGCGCAUGGAAUCUUCUACGAAAAUCAUAUGAAGAUAAACGUACUCUGAUAUCACGUCAUCUUAGUUUAUUGCUACGAUUACCGGUUCAAGAAACAGAAUCCUAUCAGGGACUGAUCGCUCUUGCUGAUGAAUCGCAGCAGCAUCUUCAGUCACUAGCUUCAUUAGGGGUAAAUGUCAGUCAUGAAAUGAUAGUAGCUAUUCUUGAAGAAAAACUUCAUAAAUCUUCCUUGGAAAAAUGGGAUGAAACCAUUAAAAUUGGAGAAUUUCCAAAAUUAGAAGAUUUAACUGAUUUUUUAUAUAGAACUGCAGCGCGUAUUUCUAAGCGCAAAAACGAUAAUACUGCUAAGGAUGCUACUGAUAAGGAUUCUCCUCCUUCUAAAAAACGUAAAGAUGAUGGGAAACGUCAGGUUUUCGUGACUGCCACAUCCAAUAAAUGCCCUCUUUGUACCGAGCCUCAUUAUCUAUUUAAAUGCAGCAAAUUCUUAGCGUUGACGGUGGAGGAGCGUAUCAAGGUGGUAAAGGAUGCACAUUUAUGUUUCAAUUGUUUGCGUAAUCAUAAAGCGAGGGAUUGUAAAUUUGGUACUUGUAAAAAGUGUGGGAAGCGUCACAAUACUUUAUUACACUUCACCAAGGCACAAGAUUCGAAAAAAUCCAGUGAAUUGUGA